AUAAAAAAUUAAAUUAAAAGAAAAGAAAAAGAAAAGAGAGAGAAGCUCGGAGGCGAGUUCCCAGUUUCAAGUUUCAACAAGAAAGCAAGGGGAGUUGAUAGCGGUUUGGUCGCUGUUUAUUCAAAACGUAGCAACAGCGACGAAACUGGAUUCUGAUUCUUCUUCUCAGCUUCCAAGUCGUGCUUCUUUCUUCGUCCCUCGUCAAAUCCAUGGCUUCCUCGAUGAAGAUCGUUUUCGGACUUCUCACAUUUGUCACCAUCGGAAUGAUUAUAGGUGCUCUUUCUCAGUUGGCGUUCAUUCGGAAAUUGGAAGAUUCAUAUGGCACUCAGGGUAUUCCAUUUAGAAGAUUGCGUGGCUUUGACACCGAUAGUCAUCUUCAAUUGCCCAGAGGUCUUCCACAUUGGGGCAACGACAAAGAAGCAGAGAUCUUACGACUUGGUUAUGUCAAACCUGAAGUGCUUAGCUGGUCUCCAAGAAUUAUUUUGCUGCACAACUUCCUAAGCAUGGAGGAAUGUGAUUAUCUCAGGGGUGUAGCACUUCCUCGCCUGCAUAUUUCAACAGUGGUGGAUACAAAAACAGGAAAGGGAAUCAAGAGUGAUGUCAGAACAAGCUCUGGUAUGUUUUUAAGUCCUGAGGAGAGAAAAUAUCCCAUGGUUCAUGCAAUUGAAAAAAGGAUUUCCAUCUAUUCUCAAAUACCAAUUGAAAAUGGAGAGCUUAUACAAAUUCUGAGGUAUGAGAAGAAUCAAUAUUACAAACCCCAUCAUGACUAUUUUUCUGAUGCUUUCAACUUGAAGCGUGGUGGGCAGCGAAUAGCUACGAUGCUUAUGUAUUUAAGUGACAAUGUUGAGGGAGGAGAGACAUAUUUCCCAAUGGCUGGUUCAGGUGAAUGUAGCUGUGGUGGGAAAACUGUCAAAGGGCUAUCUGUGAAAGCAAUCAAAGGAAAUGCUGUGCUCUUUUGGAGUAUGGGACUAGAUGGAAAGUCAGAUCCGGAUAGUGUGCAUGGAGGAUGUGAGGUACUCUCUGGAGAGAAGUGGUCAGCUACAAAGUGGAUGAGGCAGUCAUCUCACAAUUAAUUCAUCUCCUGCAGCGGAAUGAUCAACUCCCUCACAAAUACAAAACCCAAAUUGUAACUCGGGGACUUUACCCAUCAUAUUUGUCCUUCGGGAAAAUGGUGAUAACAAAUAAUAGUUCGUAGUAUAGAUAUUCAAUAGUUUAAAAUCUAAUCAAUAAAGGGAUGAUUUAUCUCUGCGAUUUUA